AAAGCGCCGUGGUUUCUAUUCUGUUUGUCUACGUUUGUUGGUCGGUCGUUGCAUUCAUUUGUUUCCUGGGUUUACUUUUGUUUGGUUAAAACUAUUAGUUGAAGAUGACUUUCGCGUUCUCUUUUCUUUUUUUCUUGGUGGUUUUGUGCAGCGUGAACAGAGGUGAUGGGGCAAACGCUCAAGGCUUCUCUUCACCGCCAUAUUGCUCUUCAAACCGAAAUCCGUGUAUGAACGGCGGUGUAUGCGUCAAUUAUGGCGGUUCUUACAAAUGCGGUUGCCCAAGUAACUGUGGAGGCGAACACUGCGAGUAUUGUGAUGUUGUCAAGCCAAAAAUUGGAGCUUGCUUUCCAAAUCCAUGCCAGCGGGAUUGUCAAUGUCACGAAUCGUGCCAACACGCUGGCGGAUAUUACUGCAGGAGUGCUUCUGGUUAUCUCGGCAAAAACUGCACCAUUCCAAUGCCUUCUCUCCGCUGCGAGACCAAUCGCAUCGUGUUCUCUGUAUCUGAAAGUUUCGUCCGGGAAUACGACCUUGGACUGAGAAACAGCUUCGUAAAUAUUGUCAGAAAUCUUGGCGGCACCAAUGGAUGUGAAGUCGCGGCCGCUGUCAAUGAGUUUUACGAGAUUCAAAUCCCAAUUCCAUUUAGUACAUGUGGCACCGAGAUGACAUCAGUAGGUGGACAGGUUGUGUUCACUAAUCAAAUGUGGUUUAAUCGUCGCCUUGCGAAUUCCAUGUUUGAUAUGCCUAUUCCUGUUGCUGAAUUUCAGUGUAGAUACGAACGGCAAUAUAGAGUAGUGACUUCUCUUCGACCAGUCGUGAGCACACCAGCUGUGAUAACCGGACGCCAAUUGAUCACGCCCAGCAUCUCGUUGUGUAAAGUGCUCGCGUGUCCGAGCACUUGUCCUACGAAUUUUGCUGUUAGCGGAGGGGCGGUCUACACUGUGGGAGAAAUGAUGCAUGUUUCAAUGUCACUAGAUUCCGGUAACCAGGUAACUGGUAUUGAUGAAAUGUAUUUGUCCUGCAGCCCUGUGCCAUCCACGGCCAAUGUUGUUGGAAUAGUUCAAGCUGGGUGUGGAACCACAGCUGGUCUUCCAUGUGAAAUCGCCACCAGUGCUGUUGGUCAUACUGUCUGUGUAUCGUUUCAGACUCCCAGGAGCAUGUCAUGUCAGGAGUUUUAUAUCCACGCAAAGUUGGUUUCUUGUGACAGAGGAAGUGUGGGCACUUGUUCGGAUAAUGCCAGUGUCAACAGAUGCCUCGUAUCGCGUAAGCGAAGAAGUGUUGACUCUGCUCCCAUUGCACUCGGGCCAAUUGUUUUGAUAAAUGGUUCGAUUGGAAUACCCAACGUCCGCCUCAACGGCAUGGACGAAGGCGUCAGCGUAUUGGAAAUUCCCGAUGAGAAAAUUGCGCUUGUCCUGCAGAAUGUUAAAGAGACUCCGAAAGAAGUGAAAGCACCGUCUGAUCUGCCUUCAGGGAUGGAUCAGCUGACUCUGCUUAUGAUCAUCGCUGGAAGUAUUCUCAUCGUGGUUGUCGUUUCGUUAGUAUUUGUUUUGCACCGUAAUCGUUCUGUUACUUUGACAACCAACAAAUUAUAAUAUUGAUUACAAUAAAUUUGAAACAUAUU